GUACGCAGUGCAUGUAGGUGGAGAUAGGUGGAGAGAGAGAGCAUCGACUGUGUAGCAGCUUCAUUUCUUUGCAUAAAUUUUGAAUUGUAUGUUCAUCAAAGAGAGCGAGAUGACGAUUACACAGUUACUGGCCUUACAUUUGACAUAGCAAGUUGCACCUGAUAUGUACACUGUACGGGAAGGUGAAGAUAUGUGACCUACUUCGUACUUCCCUUAAGUGGAGAUUGUCCCAUACAUCUAACGGUCCUUCUGUACACUGCAUGUCUGGCCGCGUAUGUCAGUAGCAGAUCAGUGCUGGCUUAAAUCCAUCCGAUCCAUCCGCGAGUACCCUCCACAACAAGGACAAUGAUUUGUCAUGUUGACCUAGUAAUAGUCGCCCGGAUGAAUUUUAGGCACUGCUGUGAAGUCAGUGUAGCAUACCACGCGGACCAGAGCAAGCAGGAGGUUACACCAAGCACACCAAAGAACCGGCCUCAAACCACAAACAUUUCAACUCUAUCAAACUAAUUAGAAAUGGCGGACGAGGCGGCUACCAACGUGAGAGAUUUCUACAAUGAGACUUCUGUCAAACUGACGUUCGUAUGUGGCGUCAACGACUGGGACUUUACCCCAGCCAUCAAAGACAUCAUCUCCAAACUACAUCCCGAGACCAUGAAAAGAUACUAUGGGUCAGGAUUCAUCUUUCCCGAGCACCUUGACGGUCUCAGUAUCCUGGACAUAGGCUGUGGAUCCGGAAGCCUCGUUUUCAUCCUGAGCAAACUGGUUGGUCCAACUGGGCACGUGGUUGGUGUGGACUUCGCCGAGAAUUUGAUAGAGGAGAGCAAGGCGAGGGAGGACUACCACCGUCAGGCCUGGGGGUACGAGAAGGCCAACACUGAGUUCUUCAAUGGAAAUGCCGAAAAUCUUUCAAAUCUCAAAGAUAAAACGUUCGACGUAAUUGUUUCGAAUGGUGUCUUUUGCCUGACAUCGGACAAGGACAAAGUAUUUGCAGAAGCAUUCAGACUGUUGAAGGAUGGAGGAGAGUUGUACCUGAGUGACGUCUACGCGAACCAAAGCGCGCCGCCGGAGCUGAAAGACGACGUAACAUGCUAUGUAUUCGGCCUGACCGGCUCCCAGCUUGUGAAGGAGUUCCACGCCUCAGCCCAGAGAGCUGGCUUCACCACCCCUGCGCUCACUGGAGUGGGACCUGUCUACCUCAGCCCCGGCUAUCAGGAGAAGCUACCCGGAAGCAGAUACUGUUGUGCCCGGAACCGAAUGUUCCGCCUGCCAUCUAGCGGCAAGAGAGGCCCUGCAAAGGUUACUUACAAAGGCGGGGAAGAAGAAUUCAAGUGGGACAUCAAUCUGACAUUUAAGUCGGGGGAACCAGUUUCCGUGGAUGGGGAACUAGCCAGCAUCUUGUCCAGCAGCCGUUACGGGAGUUUGUUUGACUUUACCGACAGUGAUGACACAACGGUCAAUAAGAGGGGACAGUGUCCAUUUGACUUCCUCGAUCAGGUGACUGCCCAGGGUGUUACUCUGCCAUACGUCUACAAGGUACAGUGACCAGGCUUCAACCAUCUUGUCACCAUCUUGCCAUGCCUGAUGUAGCCGCCAUGCGUUUCUGGAUCCUUGGCCACAACAUUGUCAUCGGCUCCUUGUUCGAAGACACCUCACGGAAUGUCUCUAACAUUUAACAUUUUCUUUAAUUCUCAUGUAACCUUAACUCAUAAUUAGACUGACAUGUAUUGCAAUAUUAUACCAGUAGAAAUAUGCCUGUAAAUGUCCUUGAUUUAAUGCUUGGCCUUAGUGUAGAAUUUUAUGGUAGAAUCAUCAGCCUCAGUAUCUAUCAUUCAUACCAUGGCCGAUUCAAUCUCCCAGAAACAAAAGAAUAAACUUGACAAGGGGUCCAGCUCAUGUCUGAAAGUAACUUCGUUCUGGGAUCCAUGUGGAUUCUAUUGUAUUUUGUAUAUAUACAUUUUAAGUAAAGUUUCUGGCACUGAAAGUUAGUC